UUGAAAGAUCCACACAUCACUUAUCACCUAGACAAACAGGUCGAUAUGUGCUGCCUAUCGACAAACCUUGCAUUCACUCUCACAGUAGGAAGAGAAAAUGUCCUCUGAAGAAAACAAUGGACAUCGAAACACAGUUGGACAAAUAAGGCUGUCCCUACGAGGUCUGUUUAAGAAGGACAGUGGAUCAACAUGUCCGACCCACCGACAAGUUUUACUCGGCCUGGCUCUGCUGAAUGUUACUCUGCUCGUAGCUGCUGUCGUGACUGGGAUUAAAUGUGCCAAGGCCAAAGACCUCCAGAUUCCUGAAGUACAUUCCGUACUUAUGGUAGAGCUUAAUUAUUACAGGAACCACAGCAAUUACAUCGGGGCUAAACAGAAGGCUCAAGAAGCAUUAGUUAACCAGCGCACCGACCAUCUGCAGCUUAAACUGCAAUUAAAGCAGAAGAAGACUUUCAUCGAUGGCCUAUUGGGACAGAUAGAGUCUCUGCAAGUGGAGAAAUCAAACCUAAAGUAUAAGCACGCUCACCUGGAUGAAAAUUGUGGCAGGUGUUCAAAGGACUGGAUUCUCUUCAAUUCAUCUUGCUAUUAUAUUUCUCAUCGUGUGAAUGAUCACAAGAAGAACUGGCCCGACAGCAGAGCAGACUGCAUCAGACGAGGAAGCGACUUACUCAUAAUCGACUAUCAGGAUGAGCAGAUGCUCCUAAAUGAGAAUUUAGAACGUUUUGUUACCACCGGCACUGUGCCCUUGACCCAAAUCGGCUUCUGGAUCGGGCUUUCUUAUAAAGAGAGGCAAGAAACCUGGACCUGGGUCAACAAUGUCACUGAAGUCAAAAACUUGAACUGGAAAAAUCGACAUGCUGCCCUGAACGAUAAUCACAAUGGGAGUUGUGCUGCCUAUUAUUUUGGAGCUAAUCUGGAGUUAUGGCGUCCUGUCAGCUGCCAGAAUCAGCAGUUGAACUGGAUAUGUGAACAGGAGCCAAAAAGGUUGUUUUCAGUUGAUACAUGAAAACAAUCACAGCAGCUUUAUGCACCAGCAUUUUUGUGAUGUGAAGUUGAACAAUGAAGGAAAGAUGUCUGUGUUCAGGAGUUGACAAUUUUACAUUAAAGAUGUACAAAUCUCAAAAA